AUGCUUGUUCGCCUUAGCCUUGCGGUCGCAUUCCUGACAGCUUCCGCUCGAGGUUCAGGUUCAACAUCCUCCUCCUGUCGCUGCUUUCCUGGAGAUGACUGUUGGCCUUCUGAGAAUAUCUGGUCUCGAUUUAAUGAGUCAAUUGACGGACAACUGGUAAAAACCAUUCCACUGGGUGCCCCAUGUCACUCCCCAAGUUACAAUGUGACUGAAUGUGCCAUUUUGAAAGCAGGAUGGGAGCUGCCAGAGGAACACUAUGAGUCCUCUUCAUCUGCCAUGGCUCCGUUCUUCGCCAAUGGCACUUGUGACCCCUACCAUCCAGUUUCCAAACCAUGCGGUCUAGGAAACUAUGUCCGCUAUGCUGUAAAUGUGAGCUCUGCUAUUCACAUCUCAAAGGCACUGCUCUUUGCGACAAAGCAUAACAUCCGUGUUGUUGUCCGCAAUACUGGUCACGACUACAAUGGCAAGUCAACCGGCGCUGGUGCUCUUGGAAUUUGGACUCAUAACCUCAAGAGUCUAGAAAUUCACGAGUACAACUCCAAGCAUUAUAAUGGAUCCGCUAUUACCAUAGGGGCUGGCAUACAAGGAUUUGAAGCCUACGAAGCAGCGGAUAAAGCGGGACUUCAAGUGGUCGGUGGUGAAUGUCCAACCGUCGGUCUUGCCGGAGGAUACAGCCAAGGUGGUGGUCAUUCUGCGCUUGCUUCUCGCUAUGGUUUGGCAGCCGAUCAAGUCCUAAAAUGGGAGGUGGUUGACGGAAGCGGGAAUUUUAUCACAGCGACCCGUGAUAAUGAAUACUCCGAUCUAUUCUGGGCGCUUAGUGGUGGAGGUGGAGGUACUUACGGUGUUGUUUAUUCUAUGACUUCUAAAGCUCAUCCAGGUACCCCUGUGUCCGGCUUGAAACUGUCUUUCACCAAUGCCAAUAUCACACAGGACACCUUCUUUGAAGCUAUUGCCAUUUACCACACCAACCUUGUCGCUCUGGUCGAUGCAGGUGCAAUGAGCAUUUGGUUCUACACCAACACCAGCUUUGCUAUUUCCCCUUUAACAGGCCCAAAUAUUCCCGAAAAUGAGUUGGUUUCAUUAUUGAAUCCUUUUCUACGGGGCCUAAAGCGCCUGGGCAUCAAUUACACUUUAUCAUCCGAUCAGUACGCUAGUUACUACGACGAGUUCACGGCGGAGCAGCGUACCAUUGGUGUAGGCGAAGCCCAAUAUGGAGGCUGGCUCAUUCCUCGAUCUGUGAUCAAGAACAACAACAAAGGCUUAGUGCAAGCAUAUCGGGAGAUCGUUGAGGACGGCGGUACAUUUAUCGGCGUCGGCCUUAAUGUUUCCUGCGAAGUAGCCGGUGAUGUCUACAACUCCGUGUUGCCUGCAUGGAGAGAGGCCAUCAUUGCCACUACUCUCACUACCCCGUGGGAAUGGAAUGAUGAUAAAUUGAUGCUGGCCUACCGGCGCAAAAUGACUGAUGUCUUUAUGCCAAAGAUAGAGGCCAUUGCUCCUAACUCGGGGGCCUAUAUGAACGAGGCCGACUUCCGCCAACCGAACUUCAAAACGGCGUUUUAUGGUCGCAACUACCCAGCUUUACGCCAAGCUAAAGCUAAAUAUGACCCGAACGACAUCUUUUAUGGAAUUACCGCGGUUGGGUCCGAUGAAUGGGCCGAGCGAGAAGAUGGCCGCCUGUGCCAAGUAGGCAAGUGGAACUCGAGUUGGGCGCAGUUCCGUCAGCAGUAA